CUCUUUUUUUUUUUGUUCUACUUGAGAAAAGGGGCACGACAUUUCCAAGUGGAUUGCUGUGUUGGACAGGCAUGUACCUAGGUGCACAUAAGACGUGACAUUCAAACAGGAAUAAUGGAGAAAACAAUUAAAAAGGGGACUGAGGUCCAAUUUGAACCAUUUAAUUUCAUGUACUACGUGUACGUAAUAACUGAUGCAGUGGUCCAGAAACUUGAUAUUUGCAAAUUGCAACUGCCAUGGUCAUGCGGAAUAAUAUUUGCCUUGCCAGCAGAGCCAGCCCCUCCCUACACCACUCCAAUUCCCAUCUCACAGCACGCCAUUCUUUUAUGAUGUGUACGCAUUCCUUCCAAUCAAUCACAACCAUCAGAACCAUACAGUAACCAGAUUAAAUCUUGAAAUAUCAUUCAAAUCCAACCAGCAUCUGCCCACCAAGGAGGCCAGCCCAAAAAAGGAAAAGUCCAACAAUGUCAUUUUCAAGGUCAUGUCAUUGGAAAGUGUAAAUGGAACAUUGGAGCAUUACCAUAGUCUGCUCGGUGGAAAAGGAUAAGAUACAACGUUGUUGUAAAUUACUUCAACCACAGGGUUAGGGAAUCAAGCAUGGAAGGGAAAGUGUUGGAGAUGUUUGAAGUUGGGCCCUGUGAAGAUGACUACCGGCUGGGUUUUCUCAUAGGUCAGAGGUUCUGUAGUCAGAUAAGAAGCAGGUUGGCUGGAGACCUCAUUCUUCAAAACCAGCUCCUUCCUUUUGCUCGAACAACACAGGCAAAACCACUGAUCAAAGCACUCUCAGAAACUAACCAGAAGAAGUUCCCAAGAUAUUGGGCUGAACUUUUAGGGACUGCAGAAGGAAGUGGUGUGCCUGUUCUUGAUAUAAUACUUAUCAACUUCAGGAAGGAGAUACUUCCAUUCAUUUCAAAUACAGCAAUGAAUUCAAAUGGUGAUACUACAGAUGACUGUUCUGAUAUUCUGGUUGUUAGCGAUUUGAUAGCCCUUGCAGCUCAUAACGAGGAUGCAAAUGUCUCUCUAGUUGGCCACACCUAUUUGAUCAAGGGAAAACUGUCAAAUGGAUUAUCUUUCAUAGCUUACACAUAUGCAGGAGAGCUUCCAAGCUGUGCUUUUGGAUUUAACAGUCAUGGAAUGGCAUUCACACUGAAUUCCGUACCCCCAACUGAAGAUGAGAUUGUACCAGCUGGCAUUGGAAGGAACUUUGUGUCUAGAGACCUCCUCGAAGCAACUAGCAUUGCAGAUGCAUUAGCAAAAAUACGUUCAUCAGAAGUUUCUGUGGGACACUGUUACAAUUUAAUUGAUAUACAGACGCGUAUGAUCUUGAAUGUUGAAACCGCAUCAAGAUCUCGAGUUUCAGUUCAUGAGGUUGGAGCAACACCAUUUUUCCAUGCAAACAUGUAUCUCCAUCUUCAGGCUCAGCAGGUACAUGAUGAAAACUCAAUGAGCAGGCAAAGAAGAGCAGCUCUUCUACCACUAGGAUCAAAGACCAAUUUCCUGUCUAUUCUAGGAGAUACAGAAGACACAAAGUACCCCAUCUACAUGACAGGUCCAACUCUUUACACAUUAUGCACAGCUGUCAUUGAUUUGGAUGAAAAAACACUUACAAUAGUUGAAGGGAAUCCGAAGAAAGGAAAAGUUUCUCAUGUCUUUUCUAUGAAUUCCAAAGACUUAAACCGUGAUUUGGUCAACUGCGCUGAAGUGACCCGUCUCUAGAGCAUUUUAUGCAGGUUCAUAGAGGCCAAUCAUGUGACC